AUGCCGCAAACCGACACAAGCCUGCACGGCAUCAAUGGCCAGAUCAACGGUUUGAAUGGUACAACGAAGCAUGAUGCUGCAGGAACCACAUUAAACAGAGCCUCUGAGCUUGAAGAUGCAAAUGCUGUGAAAGGCCUCUUGAUCUCAUAUAUCCGCGCAGCCGAUGAGGCAGCUCCCGUCAGAGCCCAAGGUGGCGAUGCAUCGGCUCAAGCAAGUGUGCUCGUCGAGCCACACGCACCCAAGGCAUUGGUAGAGAAAAUGGCAUUUUCCUUGCCGCAGCAGAGUGGCAAAGGCAAAGACGGGCUCCUUGAGACUAUUAAAGAUGUCUUGAAGUAUAGCGUAAACACUUGGGACCAGGGCUUCCUUGACAAACUAUACUCCAGCACAAAUCCUGUGGGAGUAAUCUCCGAGCUUGUUCUGUCGAUUUUGAAUACGAAUGUUCAUGUGUAUACUGUUGCUCCGGCUUUGACUGUCAUUGAGCGAGAAACUGCACGGUCAUUUGCCCGGCUCUUUGGCUUCACUGGUCCCCGCGCUGGUGGAGUUACAUGUCAAGGUGGUUCCUCCUCGAAUCUCACAUCAUUGAUUAUUGCGCGGAACGCCCUCUAUCCCGAUACCAAGACCAACGGCAACGGGUCUCACAACUUUGUGCUCUUUACCAGCAAGCACGGGCAUUACUCGGUCGAAAAGGCCGCCACCACUCUCGGCCUGGGUUCCGCGGCCGUGAUUCCCAUUCCCGUGGACGACGCUGGCUGCAUGGUCCCGAGCUCGUUGAGAGAAGCUAUUGUCAAGUCCAAAUCCGAAGGCAAGACGCCUCUCUACGUCAACUCUACGGCCGGAACCACCGUCCUCGGUUCCUACGAUCCCUUCCGCGCCAUUGCCGCAAUUUGUAAAGAGUUCAAUCUCUGGCUCCACGUUGAUGGUUCGUGGGGCGGAAACGCCAUCUUCUCGAGCACGCAGCGCCACAAGCUGGAUGGGGCAGAGCUCGCCAAUUCUCUGACCGUGAACCCGCACAAGAUGCUCAAUGUGCCAGUGACGUGUUCGUUCCUCCUGACCAAUGACGUUGGCGUCUUCAAAAAGGCCAACACCCUGGCGGCGGGCUACCUGUUCCACGGCGGCGGCGGCGGCGACGACGACGCAGACAACGAGGAGCAGCACUGGGACCUGGCCGAUCUGACCCUGCAGUGCGGUCGGCGCGGCGACGCCCUCAAGCUCGCGCUGGCUUGGGUGUACUACGGUGCCGCUGGCUUUGAGGAGCAGGUGGACCACGCGUUCGCCAUGGCCUCGUACCUCGCCAACCUGGUCAAUGAGCACCCCGACUUUGUGCUCAUGAGCAGCAACCCGCCGCCCUGCCUGCAAGUGUGUUUCUAUUAUGCCCCCGGGGGCAAGCUGGCCGAUGAGAACAGCGAAAACACUAGACGGACAAGCGAGCUAGUGAAGAAGCUGGUCCCCCGAGGCUUCAUGGUGGACUAUGCGCCGGGCCCGCAUGGCAGCUUUUUCAGGGUUGUCGUGAACUGUCAAACACUAAAGGGAACAGUCGAAGGGUUGCUCAAGGCAUUAGAAGAAGUAGGCAAGCAGGUUGUAGCGUAA